UCGUGUCUUUAGCUCUCUCCCUCUAUAUCUCUCUCCGUUCGACCCUGCGGACAAUCGAGCGGAAGUAUAUACUGUUUUGGAUUCUUAAAGGGAAUCGAUUUUAUCUGGAAGGGCAAAAGGUUGAGCAAGCUGCCUUUCAUCGAUUGAGACAAGGGAUAACUUCUGUGUUUCCGAAAGUGGACGUUGAGUUAAGAUUAGGCCGCUCUUUGUUUUCAAAAGGUGGUGCAAUGUCUACAAAUUGUGCAGCGAGGUUUGCUGAGCCAAUUACUAUUAUUGAUGAUGAGGACGAUGAUGUUCAGAUUUUUUCUCCUAGAAGUAGAACUUUACUAGAUGUAAGAGGCCCACUUUCUCAUGGAAGAACUUGGGUACCCCCCAUCACUGAAGAAGAUUUGGAACUUAGGCUUGGGUUUAAAGAGUAUCCGAAGACUAUGAUAAAUUUACUUGAUGACGGAGAGGAUGCUGAUGCAGGUCUCGGGCUAUUUGAUAAGAAGAAGUUUGCCAGUGGAUCGAGCAGCCGUCCAAUGGAGAUGAAGGUAAAUUUGACAUGUGCCAUAUGCAUGGAUACCAUGAAAGAGGAGACGUCGACUCUAUGCGGCCAUAUCUUCUGCCAUUCCUGUAUUACGAGGGCCAUCAAUCUGCAGAAGAGGUGUCCGACCUGUCGGCGAAAACUGUCGACCAGUAACGUACACCGCAUUUAUCUCCCAGGAACUUCUUAGCUGAUGGACCUCUUAAUCAUACGCGAUCUUUUUACUCUUAGUUUCGCUGCUAUUGUGCAUAGGUUUUGGCUAAACUUACAGUGGGAAAGGAAUGCCUGUGUUGGGAAUGGGGGGUUGGGGGUUGUAAUUUUGAUCAUUGUCCCUUGGAAACUUAGCCAACUAUGGGCAUUUAAAUUAUUGAAAAUUUUCGAGCUAUUGCGAUAA